AUGUCCAAGAAGACGUCCGCUGAAGUGUUAGAGAAAGGGAGUAUCUCGGGGUCGGCGUCUAUUGUCGACGACCCCCCUUCUGGUGGAACAAUGACGAGAAUCGAUCCGGACGCUGAGAGAAGACUGGUGCGGAAACUGGACUGGAGGCUUCUACCUUUGUUCACCUUAAUCUACAUGGCCAAUUUUAUUGAUAGGACUGCUAUCGGUAAUGCCAGAGUGGCAGGACUUGAGAAGGAUCUGGGUAUGUCGGGGUCCGAUUUCAACAAAGCAUUGACGGUGUUCUAUAUCUUCUACACCGCCUCGGACAUCCCCUCAAACCUUAUUCUGAAGCGCUUUGGCACCGUCUGGCUAGCGGUGCUAGUCGUAGCAUUCGGACUUGUUGCACUGGGCUCAGCGUUCAUGACAUCGUAUGCAGGACUAAUCGUGACUCGUGUGUUCCUUGGGUUAUCUGAAGGAGGGACGUUGUGUGGAUUGGUGUACACUCUAUCUCAGUUCUAUCGGCGUCACGAGUUGGUGCUAAGGAUAGGUAUCUUUUUUGGGCUGGCACCGAGUCUAUCAGGAGCUUUUGGAGGUCUCCUUGCCUCUGGGCUUCUUCGGGUGGACGACAUGGGCAGCAUCAAUUCUUGGCGCAAGAUCUUACUAGUGGAAGGAAUAAUCACGACCCUCCUUGGAAUAAUUCUUGUUUUCACCAUUCCAUCGGGUCCCCAGACGACUAAGAUGCUGACAGAAGACGAACGUAAUCUGGCCAUUGCGAGAUUGAAGGAGGAUCGAAAGGUUCAAGGUGAUAAAUUGAAGGAGAGGACGACGCUACGACUAGUCCUGCAUUCCUUCAACGUACAUACGGUGGUAUGCAUCAUCCUGUUCAUCAUCUUAAACGUCUCGUUCCAGGGCCUGAGUAUAUUCCUGCCAACAAUCGUCAACGGGCUUGGGACAUACUCGACGGUCGAAGUCCAACUCCGAACCGUUCCUCCUUAUUUGAUCAGCGCACUUUGGGCUAUCGCCAGUGGAGUUGCGAGUUUCAGAUUUCGCAAUCGAUUCGCUGCGGUUUUUGCCUCCCUUCUCCUUCUCGUCAUUGGUUACUCGAUUGCAAUUGGGACGACCGAUACUCGUGCACGGUACGGUGCCUGUUUCUUAAUGGUCGCUGGAGGUGGAGCAGGUGGGCCAAUGGUCAUGACCUGGGGAACAGAGAACGCUUCUCCAGACACCAUGCGCGCUGUGGCUAGCGCAGCCAUUCCUGGGUUUGGCGCCCUAGGUGCAAUCGUCUCAGUAUGGACGUACGUCCCCUCAGACGCACCGAAGUACCUGAAUGGGAAUGCUGCCAAUCUUGGCUGUGCGUGCUUGGCAUGCGUUCUCAGUAUCUUCCUCGUACUUUACUUGAGGUGGGAAAAUCGGCGUCGAGACGCUGGAAAGAAGGACCAUGUAGUUGAAGGAAAGUCGCAGGAGGAGUUGGAGAAUAUGGGGUACAAACAUCCCGAGUUCAGAUAUCAAUUGUAG